AUGAUCUUGGAAUGUCUUCCUUUGGUGGGACAUUUUCGUCGAGGCCAGAAUCCCAAGGAUGAGCAAAUGAUCAGCCCGACAGUACUCGCUCGUACACGAAGAUCAUUUCCGUUCAGAAGCGCCACAGGUAAGCGGCCUCACCGGCGGUUCUGGCACAAGAAAGAUAAAGAAGCGGAGCCCAAAGCAGAAGAGCCCGCAAAAGAAGAGCUCGCAACAGAAGUGCCCAAAACAGAAGUGCCCAAAACAGAGGAUCCCAAAGGCCCCGUCGUGGCGGAUCCCGUGGCGAGCGUUGCAAGUCUUGCCAUAUCCGCCUUCGCUGACUUCGAUGGCACACAAGCUGCCGCAGGCGUCAGCUUGGACCUUGACAAACUCACAGAGACACCCAGCUCAAAAGACUCUGAGCCUAGUCUGCCUGCGAUAAUCGACCCAGUGCCGGACCGACUCCCAGUAGCAUACGAGCUCGUCAAGACUCUGAACGGCGCACUGGGUGUCUUCAACACACCAAUCCAUCUCGUCCGACAACGUAUCUCCUCCAAGCUCUUCAUCAUCAAGCAAGUUCCCGUCCGCGACGAAACCGAAUGGCCCAGCGAAGCAGCCUUACUCGAAGAUCUCGUCCAUCCGAAUAUCAUCGGCAUCGAAAGCGUGCACUAUGACCACAACGGUCCCUUCUGCAUCGCCAAUAUUGUCCUUCCGUACUGCUCCGGUGGCGACGUCCAGGAUUUCGCACGCCAUCUUUCCGCGAUUGGUAAGUCCAUGCCCGUGCAAUUCAUCCAACAUUACGUUAGCAGCAUGCUCGACGCCCUCCUCUACCUGCAUAACGGCGAAACCUACGACGCCGCAGCAGAUCAAAUCACCCGCAACCCUUACCACUCCACCAUCCUCCAUCGAGACAUCAAAGAGCGCAACAUCUUCCUCGACCCCACCAAACCCAUACACGGCCUCCCGCAAAUCCUCCUCGCAGACUUCGGCCUCUCCUCCCACGAAUCAACCUGCACCAACAUCUGCGGCACAGACGGCUACAUGUGCCCCUCAAUCAUGGCCACCUUCUCCCUCGCCGAAGCCGCCCCUAGUCCCUCUCUCCAACUCACCAUCCUACAAAACGCGCCCAGAAUGACCCCCAGCAGUGACUGGUUCUCCUUCGGCGUAACCCUUUACCAACUCAUAACCCUCAGACGCUAUCAAUACGCCGAAUCUGAAAUCUUCCUAGAUUUCGCUGCUUCGACUUCGAUGGGCCAGACGGAAAUUAUGGAAUUAAUGGCUGAUUGUUUGGAGUUUGAACCGGGGAAUCGGCCACGGGCGGAGGAUUCGUUGAGAUUGCAUCGGUUUUCCGCGAAACUCAAGAAGGGGUUGCAAGAGUGGUAUGAUGGAGGUGGAAAGUUGCUGGAAGAGAUUUGGCCAGAGCCGUUCAGAUUCGAACGUGUAGGAGCGGAAGCUGAUGAGGAGGCCUCGGUUAUGGGCAUCAAGGGCAACUCGGAUGGUACUGGGGAAGGUGAGUCGGCGCCAGGGUCUGAGGAGACGAUAUCGGCGAUUAUUGACUGGCUGGUGACCGGCGAAAUUGUUGAAGGCGCUGAGGAUGAUGGGGAGGGGUUGUCCUUCUGCGUUCCUGAACUACCUCGGCCACCAGUACUUUCUCCACUGCCAUCAAUGCAGCCGCUGAGGCGUAUUGGGGCGAUAGAUUGUCGUUUGGUUUAA